ACAAGCUGAUUGUCAAACACAUUUGCCAAAUGUGUGUUGAAACACUUUCGUUUGAUUUCCCCCAUAGUAAUUUCCAGGGGAGAUUUUAAAAGCAUGAUAACAUAAAUCGCAGGAAUACCGCUUUUCGUUGGUCAAUGGAAUCCGUUAGUUAGCACAAGAUUGCUAAAUAAGACAGGCAGGCAGGCACGUAAACGCUGCUACGCUGACAGCAAGCGGAGCAGUCUAAAAGUGCUGCUUGCGCAUAGAAGCGACGGUACUUUGAUCUUAGUUUCCGAUACGUACUUUAGUUUUUGUGCGAUUUUUAUACGAAAAUUACACAGAUUUGCCACUAUGUCAGACUUGGAGACCCUCACUGUCACUUUCCAGGCGCAGCUUUUCGACGUGAUGGAGACUGUGAUGAAGACCGCCAUGUAUAAAGUCACACAGCUGGUCGAAAAAGGAUUUUUGGAAGAAGUCAAGCGCAGGAACCAGGAGUUGGAGACUCUGAGGAUGAAGUUGGAAUGCGCUGAGAUGAAAUUAAGUGAUCAUGGUUUGAUCGAACGAAAAAAAGAUGGCACGUUUGUUGAUAUUGCAAGUGAUGGCGAUGGCAGCGCUUCAGAAGAAAGGCUUGGAGAGUCUCAUGUUGAUCUUUUUAUGUCCUGUGGUGAGAAAAAGGAAAGUGACUCUACUGAAAGGUGGACAGGCAGUCAAAUAUGUGAAAUAGAAGCAGAGGCAGAUGAAGCCCCAGCCAUUCUCAACCCAGAGAACGACACACGAACAGUUGAACAUGCUGAUGGGAUGCCAGGUGUCGAUGUGAAGGAAGAAGUCAAUGAAGAGGGUUGUGAUUCUCACGGUGUCAGUGUGAUGAUAGAAGCACAUCCAGGCGAUAGCCAGGAAACAGCUAAAGGAGAUGUGUUAUUAUUAAGGAAAGCGACAGAGACAGACCUCCUGAUAUCAAAUGUAUACAACUUUCCUGACGGCCUGGGGACCUCAGACAAAACUACAGAUCUGUCUGUGGGAAUGCACACUGGCUGGGCAGGCCUCACGCUUCAUCAUCAGAGAGUUGGAUCUGACUGGGAGAGUGAUCCUGCCAAAAACAAUUGUUCUUUACAGCAAGCAAAGAAUGAGCUGGGAGACUUUGUUACGGAAGAUGGUAGGAGUCAUGUUAAUACAAGCAGAGAUCAGCUUUCUACCUGCAAAAUUCCUGACUCACCAAGUGUUCCAAUUAAGCAGGAGGUUUUCAUGGAUUCAGAUGGUGGUGGUGACAUGAAGAAUGUCAGCAAAAAGGCUUCGACAACGUCAGGCAUUGCAUCGUUCUCAUGUGCAGUUAAACAAAAUCCAAAUUCCCCAAAAACUGUAAUGCAGGAAGGGAUGAAGCUGCAUUCUCAACAUGCCGAAUGUGACAACCUGCAGGCUCCGAUGAAACGCUUCAGCCGACCUUUGAAAAAGCCUCCUCCCAAACCGUUAAACAGCACAGCAGCCUCAUCUCGAACUCACUCUCAGACUUUAAACUUAAAUACCUUAAACAGAAUUCCCUCCUCAUCUAAAACUACGCCCCCAACUGCACUUGUAGUCCAGCGAGAUCACUUUGCAAACAAAUUAACCACCACGCUAUGGGUUACCAACAGCUCGCAGACUCCGUCUUCUAACUCCCAACAUGCAUAUCUUUUAUCCCAUCCAGACUGUCCACCUGUGUUCAGGCACUCCCUGCGGUGUGGCCAGUGUGGUAAAUGUUUCCCCCAUCCUAACAACCUUAAGGCCCACCUGCAGACUCACACAGGCGAGAGACCUUUCUGCUGCUCUCUAUGUGGUCGCAGCUUCACCAAGCUGAGCAACCUCAAAGCCCAUCGGAGAGUCCACACUGGAGAGCGACCAUACUGCUGCUUGGCCUGCGGUAAACGGUUCACACAGAAAUGUAACCUGAAACGCCAUCAGAGGAUACAUGUUGACGGAUGAUGGACAGACAACCGUCUCAAAACAACAAUUUUGUGAGCAGAAUAUACUUCUUUUGUGUUUUAAAGACAGGGACAAACGAGGUGGUGUUAGAUGUGGAAUUUACAAAAGAUAGGCCAAAUAUUUAUUCUAUGAAUAUAUACCAAUUUUGCCAUUUCCAUAUACUGGACUAUACAGUGCUUAACAAAUUUAUCAGGCUUCCUGUCAUAAAGAGACCAGCAUCAUGAUGUGAUUAAAUGUGGAUUCUUUCAAUUUCAACAGUGGCGGGCAGUGCAUUUGCUACCUGAGCCUUCAGUGGGGAUGUACCAGACUUAAUCCAACACUUAAUACCGACACUAUCAUCUUACAAUUACAGAAAACAUCAAUACUAUACAAAAUGUAUCAAAUAACAUGGAAAAAAUACAACAAACUCAGCAGAGAUGCUGAUCAUUAAACAUAGUAAUUUGGGCCCAACCUAUUAAUUUUAUCGGUACAAUAUUAGUCCUUUGUUAAUUUUUUUUUAAUUAAUGAAUUUUUUGGGGACAUUACAACAUAAGACAAAAAUAAUGACAUUUAAACAAACAACAUCACACGGAAUAUGGAAUAAAUAUAUUUAUAAUAAACAAAUGAGCAUAGCAAAUGCACGCACAAAAAGAUCUCCCGUUUCAGUUUAACUCUCUGUACAUCUUAUAUUUAAAAUGUCUCCCUUUCAAAGAUGACGUGUUUUGAUAUCUGAGAAUCUGUGGUUUUAAGUCGUCACUUCAUGGCAAACAGAAUAACGGAGUCGAGAAUUGUGAUUUAACAUUCAAGGGCAUCAUUUAUCACGUUUUGCCAGUAACGUCAAUCAUCCAGCCAUCCAUUCAUUUUCCGUAUCGCCCAUCCUCACGAGGGUUGUGGGUGUGCUCGAGCCUACCCCAGCUGACUUUGGGCGAGAGGCUGGGUACACCCUGAAAUGGUCGCCAGCCAAUCGCACACACGGUCACAAUCAGCACAUACUGUAUCACAUUCACACCACCGGACAAUUUAGAGUCUUCAGUUAACCUACUGUUAAAUAUAUUGUAGAAGUUAUCAUUUAUUUGCUUAGCUUGCAUUAGUAUUAUGGACGAUUUUGAUAAAGGAAGAUUUCUCGCCUUCAAGAAGAUGACUCAGCAGGAAUCAUCAGAGAGAAGGACGUAUGUUUUUGGGAUGUGGCAGGAAACCAGAGAACCCGGAGAAAACCCACGCAGGAACGGGAGAGCAUAAAAACUCCACACAGCCGAAGCCGAAUUUGAACCCGGGUCCUCAGAACUGUGAGGCGGAUGUGUUUCACCGUGCCGCCCACUUCAAUCAUUGUGUUGCUUAUAUAUUGUGUACUUUU